CAUUCGCGGGACAGAGGCGCCAAACUCGAGAGUGUUUAUAUGAUUUUCUUGCAGUUUUUUUGGGGAAUAUGAAACAACGAUGACGGAGAUACUAUUCAACAAGAAAUUACAAGUGCAUGUCAAAUGUAAAGACUGCGAUGACCGGCGCUCAACAAUCCGAAUUAGUGUUGAACUUCAGUUCACCAGUAAUCCGAUUCAUAAAAAGGAUCUAGUCAUACGGCUGACAGAUGAUGUGGAUCUGUACUUUCUGUACAACCUCACCAUAUCAGAAGAGGACUUCCAAAGUCUGAAGGUGCAGCAGGGCCUGUUGGUGGACUUCAGCUCGUUCCCCCAGAGGUUCAUAGACCUGUUGGAACAGUGUCUUCUCGAGCAGGACAAGGAGAGCCCAAGGUUCCUGCUUCAGCUGUGCUGUUCCUCGUCCACUCUGGACCACGGCCCCGCGAGCCUGAACGUGGUGGAGACCAACCCCUUCAAGCACCUGACGCACCUGUCCCUCAAGCUGCUCCAUGGCACCGACGUGGAGAUCAAGAAGUUCCUCGCCUCCUGCCUGGCCAACAUGAAGGAGGAGAAGCAGCUGUUGGAGCAGAGGCUGAAGAAGACCGAAGAGGAUUUGUCCAGGCAGCUGAGCUUCACCCAACAGACGCUGGCGGAGAAGAGUAGAGAGCUGGACAAGCUGCGCUCCGAGUGGACGUCCCAGACCACCUCACUGUCCAGCAAACACACACAGGACCUAACGACGGAGCGUGAGAAGGCUCUCGAGACCCAGACGCGGCUGCAGCAGCAGAAUGAGCAGCUGCGGCGUGAGCUGGAGAGUGCGCACCAGCGCAGCACGGAGCAGCUCCAGAGCCGAUUGGCCGAGCUGGAGGCCUCGGCACGCGACCUCACCGACCGACGCUACCGCAACGAGGCCACCAUCCGCGACCUCAAGGCCAAACUCACCGGCGUAGAGGAGGAAUGCCAGCGGGCGAAGCAGCAGGUGUCGUGUCUGCGUCGUGAGAACGGGACGCUGGACCAGGAGUGCCACGCUAAGGAGCGCGAGCUCAACCAGCUGCACACGCGCGUCGCCGUGCUGGAGCAGGAGGUCAAGGACAAGGAGCAGCUGCUGGAACGCACCAGGGACGUACUGGACGCUACGCAGCAGCAGAAGACGUCCGUGGAGGGAAAUGCGGAAAGCAAACAGUUGCAGAUUGGAAGGCUGGAGACCACAGUCAAGUCUCUGUCUGAGGAACUCAUUAAGGCGAACAGCAUCAUUAAGAAGCUGCAGGGCGAUGUGAAGAUGCUGGUGGGGAAGAUGAAGGUGAAGAACGCGGUGACGGUGUCGCAGGAGAAGCUCGUCAAGGAGACGGCAGACCAGCUGCAGCAGACGCAGACGCAGCUGCACACCGCCCAGACGCAGCUCACACAGCGAGACGAGGAGGUGAGUAAGCUGAAGGAGCAGCUGGAGGCGACGGUGCAGAAGCUGGACGAGAGCCGAGAGGUGCUGAAGACCAACGAGAACGUGAUCACGUGGCUCAACAAGCAGCUGAAUGAGAACCAGUUGUCACGAAAACAUGAGAGUCUGGGUGCGUUCGAGUCGCCUCCGGCCCUCUCUGCAGGGGCUGGUCUCAGGAUGGGCGGAGCCUCCAGCAACCUGCGUGAUGGCAGGAGUUUUCCCCCGUCAGGUCAGGGCUACCCCUCUUCCUCCCCAUCUGCCCUGGGAUACCCCUCUAUCUCUCCGUCAGGUCUGGGGUACCCCUCAACGUCUCCGUCUGCCCUGGGGUACCCCGUGACCUCCACGCUAAACUCCAAACACUCCCCACACUUCCCCAGCGCAGGAGGCCGGCCCGUAUUCGGCCUGCACAACCCUCAGGCCUCUGGACCCAAGGUCCAGUUUAACCCCAUGAGUGCCAAGCCUUCACUGUCUCCUGUGGAGAGGAGGGAUGGCAGUCCUCCUGUCACACGUAUGCCCCUCUCCAACAAAGAGAAUGAUGACCCUGUAGGUCUGGACUCUAAGUACUUAGAGAGACGUGACGACAGCAUCCCACUCCGUGGGCUCCUGACCAACAUGAACAUGAACAAAGAGGUCCCCAAGCCAGCACUGAACAGGCCCAAGGCCGGAGGCCUGUCCGUCUCCUCCGCCCCGUCCGCCUACUUCCCUGGGUGACCCACCCUGACCGCCAGACGACCUUCGCAUGAACGGCUCCACCUUACCUGCACCACCCACACCCGCAACAGGAUCAUGGGAUUCAGACCGUGGGGGUGUGUUUGUGUGUGUGAGAGAGAACAAAUACGGCACAAGCCAUGCAUUAACUUCAGCAAUAUAUUUUUUUUAUCCAUGUUGUGCGUUUUGUUAUUUAUUAAACCAGUAUUUUUUUUAUCAGCUCAAUCAUUUGCCAUCAAAUCAGUUUGCUGGGAUAAUCGUCUUUUUAGGAUUGGUUUGUUCAACAAAAUUGAUUAACAUGUGUGUUUGUGUGUGUGACUGUGCGAAGAAUUAGAGCUAACAGCAGGCCAGACAGGUGCACCCUACAGCUACCAAACACCCUUAGAGAUGGAUAGCAUGCUAUUGUUAGCCGCUAACUCAUGAAGCCACUUAAACAGCAUUAGAAUAUUUAGCCUGUACCCACCUGCCAGAAAAGCCUAUAGCGUGUUAACAUGCUAAUGCUAUCUGCUAACUGAGAAAACCAGGGAUGACUUGAGCACGAGUAGCUCAAGGGGCCAAUAGCAUGUUGCUAAUGUGAGAGGCCCGCUUUGGUAUCGCAUGUAGGUAUACAGUAGCACGUUGCUAACGUGAGGCUUGCUUUUGGUGUGUAUGAGCCAGCACUGUGUCAUUGCCCACGAGGUCCAAACAGACCGUGGGUCCAUUUCAGAAGCGGCCCCUGAGAGCUGCUACCUGCUCUGUCCCCAAAUGCCUGAACCUGAGCUGCUUGUCUGGAGAGGCUCGUCUCCGCUGCAGGAAAGAUGCGAUGUGUGCCACUCAGACAAGAUGGCAGCCGUCUCCUCCAGUAUAGUCAGGGUCAGAGGUCAGGGAAGCAACUAGCAGCAUCUGAACCAGCGCUGGCUGGGAGGUGUACACCUGGUAGAGGAGACGUACACCUG